UCCAUGUCGUUUCAUAGCUAUUUCUAGGUAAGGGUAGAACCGCUUUUUGAUAUUUUUUUAGGAUGUUUUAACGCACCGGUAAUACCCCAGGCUUCUGCCCGACAGCUAUGGCUGGACGGAAAAGUCUGCCAUAUUGCCACAAAGUAAUAUUCCUGCCAUUACCAACUGGGUGCUGCAGGUAAAACUUUUUACCCGUCUGCAAAACCGAGGCCACAACGCUGUAGAUUCGGACAGUUCGUCGUAUUGUUGGGUGUUUGCGCGGGAACUUUAUUGACUUAAUUCAUUUUUGGCACCGAAUUAAAAAACAACAAAAAAAACUCGAGAGUUCAGAAAUGUGACUGCCAAUCCCAGCUCCCCUCCAGCUAACGGGCUCCCGGCGGUGUUCGCUGAAUGACGAGCGUCGACUUCCUUCACCGCCUUCGCGUCGACACUGGUUUUGGGUACAACGGGCGAACUGAUUAUUAGGACUUUUAAGAACUUUUAGAUCUCCAGUUUGUCAAUCUCUGUCUCGCCCUCUCUCCCCCCACCACCACCGUCACCGGCUGACACGCAACACCGGCGACAACCUCGUUGCCGCUGCGAUGAUCCACAGCCUGUUUCUGAUUAACCAGUCGGGAGACAUCUUCCUGGAGAAGCACUGGAAGAGCGUCGUCAGCCGCAGCGUGUGCGACUACUUCUUCGAGGCGCGAGAGAAAGCCGCGGAGCCGGAGAAUGUGCCCCCCGUCCUGCAGACGCCGCACCACUACCUCAUCAGCAUCUACCGGGACAAGCUGUUCUUCCUCUCGGUCAUCCAGACGGAGGUGUCCCCGAUGUUCGUGAUCGAGUUUCUGCACAGGGUGGCAGAGAUGUUUCAGGACUAUUUUGGAGACUGCUCAGAGAUGGUUAUCAAGGACAAUGUGGUGAUUGUGUACGAGUUAUUGGAAGAGAUGCUAGACAAUGGCUUCCCUCUGGCGACAGAGUCCAACGUCCUGAAGGAAAUGAUCAGACCUCCCACCAUUCUGCGAUCGGUUGUCAAUACACUCACAGGAAGUAGUAAUGUCGGAGAGACAUUGCCAACAGGUCAGCUGUCAACUAUCCCAUGGAGGCGAGCUGGUGUAAAAUACACUAAUAAUGAGGCGUAUUUUGACGUUAUAGAGGAAAUCGAUGCCAUUUUGGAUAAAUCAGGUACAACAGUGUUCGCUGAAAUCCAGGGUGUAAUUGACGCUUGCAUAAAGCUCUCUGGGAUGCCUGACCUGACUCUGUCAUUUAUGAAUCCACGUCUCCUCGACGAUGUGAGUUUCCACCCUUGUGUGCGGUACAAGCGAUGGGAGUCUGAGCGCGUCCUUUCUUUCAUCCCGCCAGAUGGGAAUUUCACACUCAUGACCUAUCAUGUCAGCGCACAGAACCUUGUGGCUAUCCCAGUGUAUGUGAAGCACAGCAUCAGUUUCUUUGAGAGUGGUUCUUGUGGUCGCCUGGACCUCACAGUUGGUCCCAAGCAGACUAUGGGAAAGAUGGUUGAGGCUGUGAUGGUCACUAUACAUAUGCCAAAAGCCGUGCUCAGCGCCAACCUCACCGCCGUACAGGGAAGCUAUACUUAUGACCCCGCUACUAAGGUGUUGGUGUGGGACAUUGGGAAACUGAACCCCCAAAAGCUCCCUAACUUGCGAGGCAGUCUGAGUCUGCAGGCAGGAGCCCCCAGACCUGAAGAGAACCCUUCGCUCAACAUCAGCCUGAAAAUACAGCAGCUGGCAAUAUCAGGGCUGAAGGUGAAUCGGCUCGACAUGUAUGGAGAGAAGUACAAGCCUUUUAAAGGGGUAAAAUAUGUAACGAAAGCAGGGAAAUUCCAAGUGCGGACAUGAGUAAUGGCUGCGAUGGACCGGAGGUCAGCAAUCCAAUGUGCCAAAUAUGGGUCAUGGCUACUUCCCCCAGUGUGUGCUCUUCGAUAGGCCUUUCAUAUCCCCCAGCUCACUGUGGAUUAAAGAACAGAAUCGCUUGCUUAAAGGUUAUUUAUUUUGUGCACAGCCUUCUAAAUCAUGUGAUGGGAGUUUCUUGCCUGCAAAGGGAAGCCUUAAUAAUCAAUGUGUGACGUUUUAGAAGCGUUAUCACUUUAUAUAGUCUUAUUGUGCUGCAUUAUGUAGACCAGCUGUGCCACGGAGAGCUGCGUAUAUGCAGGUUUUCUUCCCAACCCAACACGACCAACAUCUGGUUAGUGAAACCAACGGGUGUGUCUUUGGAUUGGAAAUGACCUGCGUAAACAUGGUCCUCCAUGGUAUAUUGUUGAGUGUCGAUGAUAGAGACCAUUCCCUCUUCUUCUGGACCACUGUGGGGUUUUUUUUCCCCCUAUUUGUUUUCUUUUAGGCUACUUGAGGCCAUCCGGGUGCCGCCUUAAGGGAAUUUCCAAGUAUUAUGGCCUCGAAAAGGAAAACUAGGUCUUGCAGUCUACAUAUUCACAAACAAGCCAGCACAACUGUCCUGCACUUCAACUUUGAACACACUUAUGGAAUCUUAACCCGCAUGUUGCUUGAGAGUAAUCAGCCAUAGAUGUCUUGUUUUUUGUAAACCUUUAUACAUAUUGACAUAACUUAGACAGUUUUCUAUAUGAGAAGUUUAUUUUUUUGAGAAUCUAAUGUCCUAUUUUCUUAGCUUCUGUCACUUUCCUCAAUGCAGACACUUUUGCACACAUUCACUCCUAAAUGCGGCCCCGAGGGUUGUCGGGUACAUCAAGGUAACCAUGUACAGCACACUACUUUGUCACCAGGCAGCGGAGGCCCAUAAAGGAAGCAAACAGCUCGGCCUGUUUUGGGUUACCAAGGUUCCGUGUGACCCUAGACUAGAGGAACCUUCUGCACAUCGUCACGCCUAUCGGAGGCAUGGAUAGAUUGACCAAGGUUAUGAUAAAAUACCCCAGGGAGGUCGCAGAGAUCACGUUCUGGGCAACCUCUGUGGGCGGUUUUCCAAAAAGCGGUCGUAUGAAAUUCCAGAAAACCUCACUUAAACUGGAAUGCAGUGUCCUUCAGCCAACGCAGCCUUUGCACAAUCACAUGUACACGUUGGGAAUUUUAACCUCUGAAAUCACCUCUAUAAAGUUGAACCUGUAUCAGCGUGUUGGAGUUCUUAAUAAAGCUUCGUGUGUGUGAUGAUU